UCCCCUUAUUUUUCUCACAGACACCGAUUAAAUUUCCGAAAUCUACUUAUCAAAAGAGGUUCUACUGUUUUUUCUCUCCACGAAAAUGGCAGAUACAUUGAACCAAAACACCCUUUCUAACAAGAAGAGAUCGUCGGGUUCCGAUGACUGUGACCAUCACGAUGAUUCCUUUUUCGUGAGCAAAAAACAAUCAAAAUCGCUUGUAUGGGAAGAUCCAGCGGCGGCUUUAGCCAAUGCUCGCCAUGAAUUCGGUGAACAUGGUGGCGUUAACAUGUCCAUCGAGGCCUCCGCCACCUUCACCGUCAUGGAACCGGAGACGAUGCGCCGUAUGUUCGCCGGUGAACUUGGUCCUGACCGUGAUUUCUUCAUCUACAGCCGUCAUUUCAAUCCGACGGUGCUCAAUCUCGGUCGCCUCAUGGCGGCGCUUGAGGGAACGGAAGCUGCUUACUGUACGGCUUCCGGCAUGUCGGCGAUAUCAUCGGUGAUGCUACAGCUCUGCAGUUCAGGUGGACACGUGGUGGCUUCACAGACGCUGUAUGGUGGGACCCAUGCGUUGCUCACGCAUUUUUUACCAAGGGCUUGUAACAUAACGACGUCGUUUGUGGAUAUAAGGGAUUUGGAAAUGGUUAAGGAAGCUAUAGUUGAAGGGAGAACAAAUGUGCUGUAUUUUGAGUCGAUGUCAAAUCCGACGCUGACGGUGGCUAACAUCCCGGAGUUGAGCAGGAUAGCGCAUGAAAAUGGUGUGACAGUGGUGGUGGACAACACUUUUGCUCCGAUGGUGCUGUCGCCGGUGAAGCUGGGGGCUGAUGUUGUUGUUCAUAGUAUUUCCAAGUACAUUAGCGGUGCAGCUGACAUCAUUGCAGGUGCUGUUUGUGGGCCAGCAAGUCUUGUGAACUCCAUGAUGGAUCUUCAUCAAGGGUCUCUUAUGCUAUUGGGCCCAACUAUGAACCCGAAAGUGGCGUUUGAACUUGCAGAAAGGCUUCCUCACUUGGGCCUGAGAAUGAAAGAACACUGCAAACGGGCUCUGGAAUAUGCUACUAGGAUGACCAAACUUGGGCUCAAGGUGAUCUAUCCAGGCCUAGAAGACCAUCCAGAUCAUGUACUUAUCAAGUCCAUGGCUAAUAAAGAGUAUGGUUAUGGGGGAAUUCUUUGCGUGGACAUGGAAACUGAGGAACGUGCUAAUCGUUUGAUGAAUGUCUUGCAAAACUUUACCCAAUUUGGGUUCAUGGCUGUGAGUUUGGGAUAUUACGAGACUCUCAUGUCGUGCUCUGGCUCUAGCACAAGCAGCGAGCUCAACAAUGAAGAGAAGGAGUUGGCUGGGAUUUCACCUGGAUUGGUGCGGAUGUCAAUCGGGUAUAAUGGAUCAUUGGAACAAAAAUGGAGCCAACUUGACAAGGCAUUAUCUAAAAUGCAAGAGAAAAUGCCCUUCUAGUAUUAUGUUACCUUUUCUUACUAAAAAUAAAUAAUAAAUGAUUGAACUUUGUUAAGAUGCUAAGGUGCUUUGUUUUGCUUUAUGAAGGGAUGGAUCCUACUUUUUAUGUAGUACUAUCAACUUCGGCCCAUGUUUGUGUUUCAAGUAUGGUGUCUGCAGUAAUAACGUACCUAUGUGUUACCUUGAGGUGUCAUUUGCAAUUUUUCCUCGUUUUAUGUUGGUUUA